AUGCAGCAGCCCUCGGUGACAUCGAGCACAGACGCAGAGCCGCCAGAGCAGUACUCAAAGAGGCGUUGCACAGCGAUGUGGUGCACCGUGGCUUUACACGCUCUGUCCAUCGUCAUCCUGCUGAUCGGCCUCAUGGCUGCUACCCGCACCGGAAACGUGGCAGUGGCUGGUUACUACUCGGGAAUCAUACUGAGCUUUGGGACGUUCUUGGGCAUCGUUGGGCUCAAUGUGGUGGAGAAUCGCAGACCCAUGUUGGUGGCCGCCAUAAUUUUCAUCAGCCUGGGUGUAAUCUCCUGCUUCUUCUGCUCCAUUGUGGACGGCAUCAUUGCCGCUGAGUAUAUUGACAGAAGACCGCUAAUGGAAGGAAGGUGCGAGUUCUAUGCCAGCAGCACAGGUUAUGCCUAUGACAACUACUACAAUGAGGUUGUGUGUCAGAACUAUAACCAAGACUGCAAGCUCAAGGUGAAAUCAAACACCUGUUACUGCUGUGAUUUAUACAACUGUGAGAGCCCAGGGUACCACACGCAUUACUAUGACUUCACGGGUGUGAGUAGUUGCUGGGACGUGGUGCACCUGCACAGGCUGCUGUGGUCCGACGUAGUGCUCAAUGUGCUGGGGGUUUUCCUGGGCAUCAUUACUGCCGCCAUACUGGGAGCCUUCAAGGACCUGGUUCCAGCUGUUCAGUCCCAGAUGUCUCCCAGGCCAGCUCCUCCACCACACAUCCUCUAUAAUCCCACACAGCAUGUGGUCACUUAUGCAGGAUUCUGCCCAUCUGGACAAGCCCUGCCUGCUUACCCCAAUUAUCCAGUGCCCAUGCAGCACCUCAACAGUUACCCAGCAGGCAGCCCUUCUCAGCCCAGCCCCGAGUUGCCUGUGUCCCCUUCGGAAGAGAGCCAUCCUCCCACUCAGCCCAGCAAUACCAACCCUUCCCUUCCGUCCCAGGCCACCUGUCCAGACGCCUCAGGCUAUAUGCUCACUCCAAACGCACCCUCGCUCUAUCCACACUCAUUAGGGCCUUUUGAAAAGCCUCCACCCUAUGCCUGCUGAAGGACUUUAAAGGACUACUAGAGUUUGGUUCUCAUAAAAGAUUUAGAAGUGUAGAAUAAGAUGUUGACUUUUAAUGAACAAUAUGAACCUGGGAAAUAAUUUAUUAUAACUUAAGUCUGAUGGGUACAGCCUGAUUUGAAAUACUGAUUGUUUUAUCCAUCCUAACCACCAGGGGCAGUGAGAAUCACCUGGAUAACUUCUUGUACGCGUUCACAAACAUAUCGGGACCUUCAGAUAAAGUCAUGAAGUCAUGUAUGACGCAUCAUAUCAUGCAUAAAGGGGCUGGAGUGGAGUCUCCAUUUUUACUCAUUUGGCUGAUGCUUUUAUCCAAAGACUUCCAAUUGAGAUACUUACAGCUGAACAGUUAAAGGUUAAGGGCCAUGCUCAGGGGCCCAACAAAGGCAGUUUGGCAAUGUUGGCAUUCCAACUCAAGAGAGCUGAUCAUUAGCGCAAUGCCUUAACCACUGAGGCAUACUUACCUCUUCCCUUCCCUUAUUCCCUCCUAUUUCUUUCUGCUGAGUAGGAGGUUUUUCUCUGUGGUAUGAGUACAUUUCCAGUUAGUCUAAAGUUGUCAGUUCCACAUUAGAUGAUUCAGGUGACUUUCAUCACUCCUGGGGGUCAGAAAGAGUGAAAUAGAACACUAGAUAUGUGUAUCUAUGGUUCUGUGAAGAUAACUGUCAGGACUCCUUGUCAUUCAGAACCAGAAAUGAGCCCGUGAGCAGUUUCUAUUGCAUGAUGGCUGUAUGUUAUUGGUAUUUAUUGCAAAUACCUUCAUGCAUCACUUUGAACGGUUCUGUGAAGAAGUAUUUGCCCUAUCCUGAUUUCUUGUUUUUGUGUACAUCUUAUAUUAAAAAUUUGAUCUUCAAAUGAAAAACAACAUAAAACAAAGGCAACCUGAGUGUAAACACAUAAAUAUUUUUUUAAAUUAUUUUUAUUGAAGCAAAAAAAGUUAUCCAAUACCUAACAUCCAUGUGAAAAACUAAUUUCCCCCUUAAACUUAAAAUCUGGUUGUGCCAACUUUUGCAGCAAUAACUGCAAACAUACUCUUCUGAUAACUGGAGAUCAGACUUUCACUUACUUCUAGGCUCUUUUGAGACUUGCUGGAUGAG